UGACGGCGCGAAGCUUCGGUCCACUUGUUUUCACCGCCACCGACUUGAUCUUCACUCGAGAACGCGUUGCCACUGGGGCAACAUCGGGGCAGCGCGGGGCAGUUUAAUAAAUCAUACGGAACCAACUAACAGAUUUUAAUCUCCGCAUUCACCGAGUUUACGGAAAUUCACCAUUUGGAUAAACCUGAAUGAAAAAUAAAUUAAUCAAAAUCUAUGGUGAUUUGGUUUUUUUUUCGCUAGAUUAUAUUAAAAUUAUUGUGAUCAUUUGACAAGUCGAGUUGAUAUAAAAAAAAAAAAGGGAUAAUAUCUUUAAGUAAGAUCAAUUGAUCAGUGCGGCUGAAUUAUUACCGAUGAAUAUCAAAUAAGUUUCGUAAAGUUUCAUAUCUUUUUGAAAACUCAUAAGUGCGUUUGGUCGGUGAAUCAGCUGAGAGUUCUAUCGCUGCAGUUGAAUUGUAAUAUCAGUGUGCGAAAUUUAAUUUAUUCAACGAUUGAAAAAUGACUACGGAAAACCUCCCGCGGGAAUUAGACGCCCACAUAGUAACCCUGUUCAGCAGAUUAUCGGCUCUGAGAGAAAAUGCGAGGGAAAAUACAACCGAGAGAAAACCGCCCAUGUCAACGGAGGCGAGAAGUCUUGAACUUUGGAGAGCGGUAGCUGUCGAAUGUCUCGCCACUUUUAUAUUUGCUUUGGUCGUAUCCGGCGCAUCCGCAGCUUCUGCAGUUUCCGGUAGCGGAUUGUCAGUUUUAGCUACAGCCAUUGCUUCCGGCUUAGCGAUGGCUUCGAUUUGCUUGAUCUUCGGUCAUAUCAGCGGAGGACACGUUAACCCAGCCGUUUCGAUAUCUUUCGCGUUAUCCAGACGCAUUUCACCGUUGCGAGCAGCGUUGUAUUUGGCAGCUCAGUGCGGGGGUGGAAUAGCCGGUGCCGCAAUGCUUUAUGGCGUGACUACACAAUCUGGAACGCAGACUUUGACCUCCGCAGGACGUUUCGGUGGUCCGAUCGAGCGACUUUUGGUAGAAUUGGCGCUCUCGGUUUUCGUCGUUUUGGCACAUUUUGCUUCUGAUAACCCUCGAGGACUUUCGGCAGCUGUUACCUCAAAGCCUGCGAUGGUCCUUGCCGCGGCUUACACGACUGCUACCCUAGUUUCGAGUCCGUUCCUAAAUCCAGCUCGCGCCUUGGGCCCUGCAUUCGUUUUGAACCGGUGGGAUAAUCAUUGGGUUCUUUGGGUAGGACCAAUUUCGGGCGGUGCUCUAGCGGCGCUCCUUCACGAGUACGUUCUCAGUCCAAAACGAUCACAAAAUUCUCAGGAGAGCGACGACGGAGACGAUUCCUCCGUACGUUCCGACGAGGAUCCCUACGACGACCUUGACAAACCAACUGGACCGAAAUUUCCAAGUGCAUAUGCUACUUACAGACCAAUAGCGGGAGCUCCGUCUUCAAUUUAUAGCGCCCCUCCAUCGGCCGUCGAUCGCGUCGAAUCUAUUUACGGUGGAACCAAAUCACUUUAUUGUAAAUCUCCCCCAUUGACACGAGCCAAUUUGAACCGAUCUCAAAGUGUGUAUGCGAAAUCUACCUCAGGUCCUAGAGACGGAUUGGUUAUACCGAAACCGGGACCUUUGAUGCCUGCGCAAAGUCUAUAUCCUAUGAGAAUCGGUCAGAGUUCACAAGUCGGAAGAGAAACGGUGCAAAGUCAAACUCAAAAUCACAACAGCACAAAUCAAAACAUGCAAAAUCAACUGCAGCAGUGCACUCAGAGCAUUUACGGAAUAAGAGGAAUUUCGACAAGCAUUAGCGCGAGAGAAAAUGGGAUUUAUGGGGUAUCUACCAACUCUAGUGUCUACGGAAGAGCUCCGGCACCCCCUCCAGGUACGAUGAGCGUCCAACAAAACGCCGGAGGUGUACCGAAUUCUUCAUCAAAUCAUGGUGCUACCGGACUUAGUGGUAUGCAAAAUCCUGUACAGCCACAUCAUUCUAACGGUCAGAGCUCUGGACCGAACUUACAGAGUCAAGGUCAGCAACAGCAACACCAGAAUUCGACAUCAGCAACGAUUACAUCGGCACAAAAUCACGCCGGGCAUCCGAACGGACCGCUCGCAACCAGCUCAGAAAAUGGAGCAAAUCCAAGAAGGCCUGAAAGCAUGUACGGGCAUGUUUCUAGACGUAGCGAUGAUUCUGCUUAUGGAAGUUAUCAGGGAUCGGCGAGAGGCAAUUAUGGAAAAGCUCCUGGACCAUCUGGACCGCCACAAUAUAGGGGCGAGAGACCGAGUCCGGGACCUUUGCAACAAAAUCAAAAUCAACAGAGUAAUUUUCAAAGGAAUUCACCGAACCCGCAGUAUUGAUCUUGUUCCAAUUAUGAUGUUGAUUAGAAUUUUGUGAGAAUUAUUACCUCACGAGAUGUAAAACGCACUGCCGACGAACGAUACCUCAGGAUUAUUUGUAGCUAUGUACAGGUGUACAUGUAUUGCGUUAUUAGAUCGAUAUUGAUUUUCGAAAAUAUCUUUCGCUCGAUUAUUUUUACCGGAUUGAAGAAAACCCUAUUUAAUGUUAGGAGAUUCGGCUGCAGUUUUAGAGUUUAAAAUGUCCUCUCAUUUGAGGUGAAUCAUUCAUAAAUUCAUCAUGAUGGACAAAGUACACCUGAUUAUUACAGAGAACAAUGAAAUCAAUCGAUAUUCGAAGAGAUGAGGUUGUGCCAAAAUAAAAUAUAAACAUAUCGACCAGUAGGUAAUAUGUCAAACUGAUAUCAUGAUGAAGUUUUUAAAUGAAAUAUUUUGCAGCUAUUAACAGCAAAAUAUUGAUGAGAACAAUGUUGAAAGAUAUAUAAGGCUCAAAAUGUGGGACUGAUAAGGCUCAGUAUUUAACAAUAUAAUAUAUUAAAUCUAUCCUGUAGAAAUUCUAUCAAACUACGUCCUAAAAUAAUUAGGUACCACUUGUUCGUAUGUACGUACGUAAAGAAAAUUUCUGUACGUGCGUAGUUUAGAAAUGUCUGUGUAUCAUACGUGUUUUUCGAUUAUACUUCGGUAUAUACGUAUACCCACAGGUAUAAAUGUAAUGUGUAAUUAAUUCAGAUAAGUACUAUACAUAGAUAUAAAUAUCAUAAGUGUAGUUUCCUAAGCUUUGUAAAUAUUCUUUGUAUUUAUUAUUUUAUAUGUUGUUUUAAUAGAUAGAAAUAGUCAGUAUAGGCGUUUCAGGAUAAACUGAUAAUAAUAAAAGUAAUUGAA